AUGGCAUCUGCGGCAACAGAGACGGAGAAGGGGUCUCCGGCUGUGGUGGGCCUGCUGGUGGUGGGCAACAUCAUUAUUCUGCUGUCAGGCCUGGCCCUGUUUGCCGAGACAGUGUGGGUGACAGCUGACCAGUACCGCGUGUACCCACUGACGGGUGUCUCGGGCAAGGAUGACGUCUUCGCCGGCGCCUGGAUCGCCAUCUUCUGUGGCUUCUCCUUCUUCGUGGUGGCCAGCUUUGGGGUGGGUGCAGCACUCUGCCACCGCCGGUCCAUGAUCCUCACGUACCUGGUGCUCAUGCUCAUUGUCUACAUCUUCGAGUGUGCCUCCUGCAUCACGUCCUACACUCACCACGACUAUAUGGUGUCCAACCCAUCCCUGAUUACCAAGCAGAUGCUGACCUUCUACAGUGCAGACACUGACCAGGGCCAGGAACUGACUCGCCUCUGGGACCGCGUCAUGAUUGAGCAAGAGUGCUGUGGCACAUCCGGUCCCAUGGACUGGGUGAACUUCACAUCAGCCUUCCGGGCGGCCACCCCGGAGGUGGUGUUCCCCUGGCCCCCACUGUGCUGUCGGCGGACUGGCAACUUUAUCCCCCUCAAUGAAGAAGGCUGCCGCCUGGGCCACACAGACUACCUGUUCACCAAGGGCUGCUUUGAGCACAUCGGCCAUGCCAUCGACAGCUACACAUGGGGGAUUUCGUGGUUUGGUUUUGCCAUCCUGAUGUGGACGCUCCCUGUGAUGCUCAUAGCCAUGUAUUUCUACACCACAUUGUGA